AUGAAAUCAACACCCCCAACCACUCCGACGACUUCAUCACCUACUUGUACACUGAAUCAUUUAAAUACGUUUCAAACUAAUUUAUUAUUAAAAUUGUUUGAUGAGGACUAUAAAAAUGUCUUGUUAGUAAUGGCGAAAGGUCUCGGAAUUGAAGUCAUCAUUGUUCACUUGUUGAGAAUGUAUUGUGAUCCUUCGCAAUUAGUACUCAUCAUCAAUGCUAGUCCGAGAGAAGAAGAAUUAAUUAAACAAUUACUGUUGGAAAGCGGGUUGGUGAAAAUGGAAAAUAUUCCCAAGUCUAUUACCUCAACAUUUACAAAUAACGAACGAAAAGAAUUAUACGAUCAGGGAGGAUGUCUAUUUGUAACUAGUAGAAUUUUAAUUGUAGAUUUAUUGAAUGAUAAAGUACCAAUUGAUCUGGUUUCGGGAAUUGUCGUACUUAAUGCCCAUCAUAUCACUGAAAAAUCUACGGAGGCUUUUAUUUUGAGAGUUUUUCGAAUGAAAAAUAAGACAGCCUUUGUAAAAGGAUUUACAGAAAAUCCAGAAGAUUUGGCACGAGGUUUUUCCAAAUUGGAAGAUGUUAUGAAAUUAUUAUUUGUGGAUAAGGUAGAAUUUAAGCCUAGGUUUGAUGUAGAAGUUGCUGAGACGUUGAGUAAAUACCAACCCACGGUUUCUGAAAUUAUUGUCCCCAUGACUGAAAGGAUGAGUUUAAUUGAAAGUUGCAUUGUAGAUAUUAUUACGACAUCUUUGGAAUCUCUAAAGAAAAAUAAUCCAUCAUUGGAUCUAAGUGAAGUUCAAAUUGAAGAUUGUUAUUUCAAGAGCUUUCACAGCAUUAUUAUGAGUCAAUUACGACCAAUAUGGAACAGAAUUGGUGUGCAGUCCAAAAAACUGAUCGAAGACUUAAAAUCUAUGAGAACCUUACUUUUUUAUUUACUCAAUUAUGAUUGUGUUACAUUUUAUGACUAUUUGGAGACAUUAAGGUUAUCAGAUGGAAAGAAUGGGAUACCCUCUUCAAAUUGGUUAUUAACUGAUACAGCCUCUGAUAUUUACAUGUACGCAAAAGAGAGAAUUUACACGAUAGGAACAUCAAAAUUGAAAUCUCCUCUCAAAAAACAAAAAACUUUAACACAAAUGGCACAAGGAAGACAAGUCGAUCCCUAUGUACAAGUGGAUAGCAUUAAUUUCGUUCUUGAGGAAAAUCCAAAAUGGCAUAAGUUAGAAGAGACAUUAGAUUCUAUCUAUCAAAUCAUUCGAACAACUACCAAUCCAAAUAUCAAUGGACGAGUUUUGAUUUUAGCCUCCAAUGAUAAGAGUUGCUCUCAAGUGAGAACCUACUUGGAGCUUGGAGGUAAAACGCUUCUCAAUCGAUUAAUUCACAAGCUGAUAGGUCCUCACAUUAAAAAACAACAACGAAAACUGGAAAAGGAGAAGAUGCAAAAAUUAGGACAAGACGAAAAGAAAUCUCCAAAAAAGAACACCAAGAAAAAAGGAGCAAAGAAAAAGGACAUGCAACAAAAUGAACUUGAUCUUCUAAGUCAGCAUGUUUCUGCCUAUGUCCAAGACGAGGAAGAAGUAGAGAAGAGUAUAUUGGAAGAGUCUAUAUUGGUUCAUCACGUAGAAAACGAUUCCAGUGGCGAUGAAGCAGAAAUUGAGACGGACAGCGAGGAAGAGCCAGAAAUAAUUCAAGUGAAAUCUCCUUCAAAAAAGAAAAAAGAAGUGAAAAACCAAUCCAACAAGACAACUACUUCAAAUUCUUCUGCAUCCUCUUCAUCACCAUAUACUCCAAAAACGCCUCCACAAUCCAGUCAUCCCUUAGACGACUUUUUUGAAAUUAUUGAAAGUGAACCAAUGACUACUGAAAUGCAACUCGUUGUUCAUUCACUCUAUGACACAGUAACUAUUUUAGACGAAUUAAUGCCUUCCUUUGUCGUUCUUUACGAGAAUGAUUUGGCGUUUGUGAGAAAAUUAGAACAAUAUCAAUGCAAAUAUCCUUUUAUUCCAUUGCACGUCUAUUUAAUCUCAUACGAUCGAAAGAGUGUUGAGUACAAACAAUAUUGUGCCACUGUUGAGAGAGAAAAAGAAGCUUUUAAAAAGUUGAUCAUGAGCUAUGGAAGGAUGACAGUGCCAUCUAUGGAUACUUUAUUGUCGAAUAUUAUACUGAGGGAACGAAGAACACAAAGCGAAAGUGCCAAGUUAGUUCCUAAAGCAUUUGCAGAUACACGAAAAGCUGGUGGUAAUUUAGCAGUGAUAGGAUCUUCCUCACAAGUAUCCCAAGGUGAAUUUAACUUUGGAGAAAAAUCAAGAAUUAUUAUUGAUGCAAGAGAAUUUAGAAGUUCUUUACCCUCUUUGUUGAAUUUGAGUGGUUAUCGAGUAAUUCCUAUUCAAAUCUCAGUUGGGGAUUAUAUUCUAUCGAAACAUUGUUGUGUAGAGAGAAAGAGCACUUCUGAUUUAUGGCAAAGCUUGGGAUCAGGAAGAUUAUUUCAACAAGCAGAGAAUAUGGUAAAAUAUUACAAACAUGCAAUAUUACUCGUUCAAUUUGAGGAAGAUGAGGCAUUUGCUCUUCCAGAUCCUUAUCCUGGAUAUUUAACAAGAGAAGAUGGAAAAAUUGAAGAAAAGUCGAUCAUAACCAAAUUAGUGCUCACUGUGACACAUUUUCCAAAAUUGAAAAUUGCAUACUCUCGAUCUCCAGCUGUAACAGGAAAAUAUUUCUACAUGAUGAAACAUCAAGUAUUGCAAUAUAAUGACUUUGACAUGUCAGAGAAUGAGGAAGACUAUGAACCAGAUAUUGCCUUAGCUCAAGCUAUUGGUACCUCUAAUCAUGAAGAGGAGACAGAGUCAACAAAUCAAGCGAUUGACUUUUUGUCGAGGAUGCCUGGUGUCACUACAGAAAAUAUGUCACGAAUCAUGAAUUCAGUGACAAACUUGUACGAGUUGUGUGAUUUAAGCUUGGAUGAACUGACAGAAAUCAUGAAUUCCAAAGAAAAUGCAAAAAGACUCUACGAUUUCCUAAAUGAUCCCAUAGACAUGGAAUAA